AUGACUACCAAGGAAGACAAACAUGUUUAUGGCAGCGGCAAUUUCCUGGAUCCUGACACAGACUAUGCCCCACUCGAUGAAGAGAGUAUGGAUUCAACACCAGAUACUCCCAUUACAACAACAAGCGAUGACACUGAUGUAAAUAGCUCUGAGAAUGUUGAGGAUAAUUUAUUCCCUGACAAUCAAUUAAUGAACGAGUAUAUAGAAACAAUGUCAUCAAAUAUAGAGGGAUGGGGGGAUAUGAACAUCGAUUGGUUAUCGAGUGAAUUAGAUGACAGUGAGACAGCUUGUAGUAUGUCAACAACUGAUGAAGAGGAAUCAGAGUAUCUUAUGAGGGGAGAUAGUGAUGACAUAGACAUUCACUUCAGUGAAAGUAAAAGACAAUGUGUCAUUGUAGAAUUAGUUAAUGGUAAAGUAGAAAGGUGUAAAAAACCAGCAGUCCGAUCUUUGAAGCAGUUGAUGGGUAUGUGGGAGUUGGACUUUAAUACAGUGGAUGAGAUUCUUAAAGUGAACAAUGACAAUUACGCUUUGCGAUCUCUUGGGGUGUGUUCAAGUCAUCACAACUUUGAUCAAGAUGGAUUACAUCCACGAGGAUCAAAAAGUAAUGUCUCUAUUGAAAAAAGCAUCAUCCACAAAAAAAAGUGUCUCUUUUGCUAUAAUCGGUUUUAUUACUUCAGUCGGGGUGGCAGAUGUUCAUUCCAUUCAUGGACAAUUAUGAAUCGUAACAUACAUAAUCCCUGUUGUGGUGUAAAAGAAUGUCCAGUCUUCAAGAAUGGUACAUUUAUUCAGCAGUCGACAAAUAGUAAAAGGCCACGUUAUAUUUGUUCUAUGUGUUUUGAGAAAGAAGGAGGGCAUUUCUUUAAGCGCAAGGGAAAAGGCAAUAAGUCAAAAGAUAGUUGCAAUGACAAACAUCUCGAUGACAAGAUGAAAACUCUGGAACUGUUUGGUCAGUGGAUGAAUAGUAUGACUGAUUCACCUGAUAAAGUCAUGCAGAAUAUAUUAAUCGAAGAAAUGUGGCAGAUGAUACACCGGUGCUACUUACGAAAAAAGGAAAUUUUGAAAGCAAGUGAGACGAUUGAUGAACAUCAGGCAUAUGAUACAACACAAGACCCACCUAGCUACUUAGCCACUAAAAUUGCAUUGCGAUUGAAGAAAGUCCGUAUAAGACCUGACUUAGCUUUUACCAAACUUGUACAGAAGUACCCUAAGGAACUUGGUGAGGGUUUGGCACGAACCAUUUGGAAUUCACGUUCAUUUAUUCGUGAAAACAAACACAAGCUGGAAAAUCCCAAGAAAAAAGUGGUCUGUACUACAAAGGAAGCAGCUUCAACGGCAGCAGGUUAA